UCUUCAUAGACCCAGAAAUAUUUACCAAUCAGGAGCGAGAUUCAGUGGUAAAUCUAGUAAUGUUGUCCAACUGUUGAGUCUGCUGAACGCGGCCAUUCCCACUUUGUAAAGUCGAUUACACUAAAAGCGAUUCCCCAACAACUAAAGACAAUUCUUUUGAUCUGUGUGUUAGCAUCACGAGGAUGGCACCAAAAUACGAGCUGGCCGUUGGCCUCAACAAGGGCCACAAAACGACGAAAAUUCGUGUGGCAAAAAGCAAAUCUGAAAAGGAGAAGACCGUAUGUCUCCGACCAUCUAGGCUAAAGGGAAAACAAACCAAACACAGCAAGUUUGUGAGAGAUUUGAUCCGUGAAGUUACAGGGCAUGCUCCUUACGAGAAGCGUGCAAUGGAGUUGUUAAAAGUAUCCAAGGACAAGCGAGCUUUGAAAUUCUUGAAGAGGAGGUUGGGCACACAUAUCCGUGCUAAGAGAAAGCGAGAAGAACUUGGAAACAUCCUGGUACAAAUGAGGAAAGCUGCUCAUCAUUAAAUUUUGUCUCUAAAAAUUAAGACAUUUUUAAUAAAUGAAUUUAAAUUGUAUACAGCUUAA